CUGGUCUCUAUCAUUCUGAGCUUAUUCCUCUCUGCAACCAGCUCUUUUCUCUCUUUUUCUUGCUUUUUGCUUACUAUUUCCACCUUUUACGUGGUAAUAGAGCCUUUCGCUGACAAGAACACGCAGCAAGCCCUUUUUCACUUUGCGCUACGCUCACCUCGCCCGCUGCUACUGCAACGCUUUGAUUGUAUACGCCAGCUGCCACCAGUCCCGAUUCGCCCGCGACCCCAGCGACACACGGAUACCACCCCACGCUCCAAGGCAUAGGCCACCCAGCACACUGGCAUUACGCACAGUAAAUUAUUUGUCCUGACGCGACGGUAAGCUCUCUAUUUCCCGCCUCUUUCUGCGUUUGUCCGCCGUGCCCUGUUGCUUUCUGGUCGGCUGUGGUUUCAUCGCCGCGUGGUGCAUAAGACUGAGCCAGCAACAAUGUAUUGCUACUGGACAGCACCACCAAGAGCAGGGCACCGAGCAUAACAGCAUGGCAUAAACCCGAAAUUGUUUAAAGAGCUCGCUUUUUAUAUAUUGAAUUUGCCCUACCCACUGCUCGCUCUGCUUCUGUCUUUCUUCCCCACAUCCCCCCCCCCUCCAAAAAGCAUUUUGUGCCGGUAUUGCUUCUUUUUUAUUUGUUGCUUUUUAUCCUGCAUCCACACUGUUCGGUGCACGCGCACACAUCAGCUUCAGAUUUUUGGCUAUUCAACAAAAAAACGCACACAAAAAAGAAAAGCCCGUUCUUUUCUUUUUUUGCGCACGCACCGCCUCGCACAGCCUUGACAGCCAGCCCAAGCAGUCAAGCUCCAGCGCUCUCUCAGUGGACGCCACCCGCUAGAAAGUGCACGAUCCGCCCACCAACCUGACACAGCUCAGGCGUCGUCUCGGCCAAUCCGCCUGCUGAAACCCGCCUACUGGUCCAUCCCUGCAGCACGCAUCUUGCUCCACCCCCUUUCGGCCGCUAACGCUCACACGCAGCAGCGCACGAGCACCACACGCACCGCCCCCCCUUCGCCCUCUGCCUCUCGCCGCCUGCCCUCCUGGGUUGCGUCCGCCGUCUUAUACCACCUUAGCUGCAUCUGUACCUGACCACUAGGUACCGUCGCCGCCCAGACACCGCCGCCAGCUUUUGUCUGUUCUGCCUGUCUCGCCGGCUUUUUCUCUUGUGUCUUUUGCCAGAUCAGCAGGAAAAAGAGACAAAAAGAAGGAAACCACCACACUUCCUUUAUCAUCAUCUCCGUCCCCUUGCUGCUUCCGCCCUCCGCCCACCGGAAGACCUAGUCAUCACCACUAUACCUCCCUCUUGUGCAAGGCCACAUGAGCGUCCGCUGUCUCUGAUUUUCUAGUGACCGCUCUCUCCCCCGCCAGAUCCCUUAUUACUUUUUCCUCCCUUGGUUCCUGGAAUCGGCUCGUUUUUGCUUUUUCCUUUUUCCUGUUCGCAUAAGGAAAUUGCUGUCUGCACCUCAAAGCACUUGCGUGCCCUUGCAACGUACUGCCCGACCAUCCAAAGCAAAUAAUACGCCCUUUGUUUGCUUCUUUGGCCGUCUGCCGCUAAGACACAUAUAUAUCAUCGACGACCGCUUCCUCCGCAAAAAAAAGAGAAUAGUUCUGCUUGGUUAAGCAGGCAGUCUCUCUUUUACACUUUCCUCGCCGUCGAUUUGGUUUAUUACUUAGCAGCUCUAUUUUAUCUUUUACCGACACCCGAUCAUCUCAUCACCACCACCGCACACAGCAAUCACAAUGGCCUCUACUUCAGUAUCACGCAUGCUCAACAUGGACGAGCUUAACAAGCUUGCCCUCGAGCAGUUUGUCUACCAGCCCGUCUCCCGAGACAUGAUUGCCUACCUCGCCCAGGCCGCUCACAACGUCAUCUCUUGCGACUCCACGGCCAUGCCUUCAGAAUCCCGCGACAUGCCUCCCACCCCACCCAGAAGCCCCGAGUCCGACAGCGACUUGCCCACCGUCGAGGAGUUCAUCACCCAGCUCGUUAUCUCUUCCAACGUCCAGGUCCCUACUCUCAUGUCUACGCUUGUCUACUUGACCCGCCUCAAGUCCAAGCUCCAGCCCAUGGCUCGCGGCCUUCGAUGCACCACCCACCGCAUCUUCCUUGCUGCCUUGAUCCUUGCCGCCAAGUACCUCAACGACAGCUCACCCAAGAACAAGCACUGGGCCAACUACACCCACAUCACCACCGAGUCUUACAGCUUUGGCUUCAACAGAACCGAGGUCAAUCUCAUGGAGAAGCAGCUGCUCUUCCUUCUUGAGUGGGACCUCAGAAUCUCCGAGUUCGACCUGUACCGCGAGCUUGAUUCCUUCCUUGAACCUUUCCGCCACAAGAUUGCUCACAACCACGCCAAGCGCAUGCGUCACCGCGAGGAGAAGCGUCGCCAACAGGAGCUCUACGCUGCUGCCGCCGUCGCCGCCCGCUACGCCAGCUCUCCUAUCCGUGCUGUCUCCCGCUCUCGCAACGCCAGCCCCGACUACAUGCGUGCCAUGCGUGGUGGCUCGACUACCCCUCCUGGUCUUACCUACUCCAGCUCUGCCAGCUCGUAUGCCUCCUCGGUCGCUUCCAGCAGACAGCAGUCUCGCUCAACAACGCCCCUGGAGAUCGAAUCAGAGCCCACCGUCUACGAGGCCCCCUCGCAGAACAGCCUCUGCGAGUCGCCUGUUGAGGUGGUCCUCCACGACAAGGACCUGCCCGCCAAGCCCGCCAUGGUUGCUUCGCGCAUGCUCCCCUACGAGAUCUCUCCCGAAGAGUACCAACAGCUUCAGGACAACGUUGCUAAGAAGCAGCGUGUCCGCCGUGGGAUGUGGUCUCGCCUUCUCGGAGGAUCUGUCGCUGUCCGAUAAGCUGGUCCCAUGGACACGACCCUGCGUUGUUGCUUGAUUCUUCCGUUGCAAACCUUAAUGUCCAUUUGAGCCUGGCGUUUUUUUUUGCUUCUUUUCCCCCUUUGGAGGUCGAUUUUCAUUAUUUUCAUCCGCACUUUUGCAUCAUCACACCAUCACAGUCUAGAGAGACACAAACCAACACUACGACUUUUUCGCAUUCAUACUCUCUUUACACGCCGAUGCUCUCCGCCAUUUUGGAGUCAACUCCCUAUACCCAGUCUCGUCUCGUCAACCACCCCGCCUCAUUUACACCUAAUGCGCCUCGACACGCGGCGUUUGCAUCUCUUUUAUUCUCGUGUACAAACCACCUCGACAGACGAGCAGGGGGCUGCUCCAGGCAGUGACCAGCACGGCCUUAUCAAACUUGAUUCAACAAACCCUUAUUUCCUUGCGUCGGAGCUAUUUUCCUUUUGUUCAAGGGACAUUUUCUUAAGAAUAUAUGAUUAUCACGUCGACGGAUCUCUAUGAAGGUUCUUGAUGACUAGGACACUUUUUGGCGUUACUUUUGGUGUUUUUUUGGCAUGGCUCUCGCCUUGAUGGCGACAGUCCUUCUUUUAUCUUUUUCCUCUCCUCAGCGCCUCUAGAAGGCAUGAUCAAUAUAAUGAGCAGUAUAUUUGCUCUCUAUACCAUUUUAAAACCACCGUUCUUAAUUUUUCGUGUGAACCUUCUUAUUUUUCCAUGCGUGUCUUGCAAAUUUUUCCAUGCUCGUUGGCUG